AGUGGUGGUGGUGGAAGUGGUGGUGGUGUCUGAUAACAUACAGCACUGUUCCUUCUCUUAGAGCUGCGAGUUGAGUCUUGUGCUGAGUGCUGUGCUGCUGCUUCUCCCUCUCUCUCUCUCUCUCUCUCUCUCUCUCUUUCUCUCUCUCUCUCUCUUCUCCAGCUCUCUCUCACAUUCGCUACAUCCACCAAAGUCGCCAUGGAAGACUCAGUGUUCACCUACACACCGGGUUGCUGGCAGGUGACGGAGGCGAUGAAGCAAGCCUACAAGAACAAUGGCUACAUCCUCGUCAGGAACAUAUUGACGAAGGAGGAGGUGACUAAGGUGAGGGUGGCGGUGGAGUCGAGUGAGGGCAUCCAAGCACACGCCCAAGGGAAAGCUGACGGAGAGAAGACGAAGAGUAAGAUGGCCCUUUGGAACCACCCCGGCAAUGAUGUUAGUGGCAUGCUGGCCAGGAUGGAGCGAGUGGCGGGGACCAUGGAACAGCUGAUGGGCGGGGACGAGGUGUAUCAUUACCACAGCAAGCUCAUGAUGAAGGAUGCUUACACUGGAGGCAGGCACGUCUGGCACCAGGACUACGGGUACUGGUACAACAACGGCUGCUUGUACCCUGAGAUGGCGUCUGUGUUCCUGCCCGUGGAUGACUGUGACCGCGGGAACAGCUGCCUGCAAGUAAUUCACGGCUCCCACCGCCUUGGCCGCGUGGAUCACUACAGAGCUGGCGACCAGAUGCGUGCUGAUGAUGAAAGAGUGCAGGAGACACUCAAGAUUCUACCACACCUGUACGUUGAGAUGAAGGCAGGCGACGCGCUCUUCUUUCAUUGUAACCUCCUUCACACCUCGGAUCCUAACACCUCGAGCCGCCGCCGCUGGGUGUUCAUCGUGGCCUUCAACAAACGCUCCAAUGACCCUUACAAGGACCACCACCACCCACGCUACACGCCGCUUGUGAAGGUUCCUGACUCAGCCCUCAUGGCAUGCAACGUGAACGAGACUCUGGAGGGAAAGUGGUUCAUGCAGAUAGGCGAAGACAAAUCUGUCAUGGACAAAGCCAAGACCCACUGAGAAACCAACCUAAGGAACAAGUCUGCUGUAUCUUCCUCGGAGCCACCUAAAGUACUAUUCCCUCCGUGUUGUGUACUCAAUAAAGAACACGCUAAGCCAAUGAAAGCAA